CACCACACUCGGAAGAAAAAAUAAGUACAAUGCCUGACCAUUUGAAGAGGACCAUUCUCAAAUAAGAUUUCUUUACUGGACGUUGCUAUGCGUUUCCUGGAUGAUGCUCAACUGGCGAUGGACAUGUCGGUCGGCUUUCGCGGCAUGUCUAAAUUGAGACUGUUUAGGGAAUAUUACGCCGGUCGUAUUCAUUCUGUUAUGAAUUGUGAAAAUUAAAGGCCAGUGGUUCGACAGUUGUUUGAUUCCCUCGAUUCAACAGCGUGGACAAAUACAUAUAUCAUCAUGUUGCAAACGAGGUAGGUGACAUUGUUUUGGGGGAUAUAUUGCGGAGGUGACAAGCCCAUCUGAGCUCGCUUUUGUCUCCCCCCUAAAAUAUGAUCAGGGGUGCUUGGAUGUGUCGAAGGGAAGAUGACGCUGUGGUAAAAAUUUGCUGUGCACCCAAACAAAGCGACAAACCAUGUACCGACUCAGAGAGGGUACAGAAAUGGCGAAUGUCUUUGGCAUCUCUUUUAUUUUUCACCGUCCUUCUCUCUGACCACCUCUGGCUGUGCGCGGGAGUUAAGCUCAAGUCCAAAGACCGGAGCCAGCGUAGAGCCUGGGGCAACGCCACCGACGGGGCCCAGCCGGUCCUCGGGGGAGAUAAAUGUGUUUUUCUUAGCAAUCAGACCAAAUCCGCGCCUCCCACUCCUCAGUGCACUGACCCCCAGAGCCGGGCGCUUCUGGAGUCCUCAUGCAUGGCUCUGUAUCGGCAAAAAAUCGGCCUCAUCGGAUCAUUCUCAGCUUCCGCGGUCAUGUCCCCCCAAAUGUUCUUGGAAUACUUUCGGAAUUUCAGCCUCUCUUUUUGUGACACUUACUCCGUGGCAGACCUGCUGCAGGGCAUGGCGAGCCCGGACGGCUUGAACUGCAGCCUCGCGAACGUCAUCCGGGAACUGUUCGGCGGCGGAGAGGAAGACGGGGAUCUGUGCAGCGCGUGCGUCCAGGCGUACGUUAGGCUGGAUCAACAUGCUCAGGAAAAAUAUGAGGAGUUCGACCUCCUCUUUCUCAAGUACCUAUCAGAGGACUAUUCCGUCAGAUCGCACACAGAGUACUGUAAGUCUGUGUACAAAGCCUGGCUGUGUUCUGAGUACUUCCCCACCUCGCAGCAGCAGUGCCUCCGCCGCAUCCCGUGCAAGCAAUACUGCCUGGAGGUGGAGACCAGCUGCCCCUUCGUGCUGCCCGACAACGACGACCUCGUCUACGGAGGCCUGUCCAGUUUCAUCUGCACAGGGCUGCUGGAAGAUGUGGACAGCAGUGAGGGACCAGAGUGUUGUGACGUCAGAUGGAGCGGGUGUGACCCAUCCAUGGGGGCAGCGUGCGCUCUGACCCAGCUCCAGGGGUCGUCGCCAUGGCAGCCGAGGUCGUGGCAGGCGGUGUCGUGUGCCUCGCGCCUCUGCAGCGGCAGACUGAAGCUGUGCAUGCUCGUCCUCAUCCUUCUGCACACUGUUGUCUCCAUCACGACUGUUGGCGGCGGCAACGCAGGCCUGGACGCCAUGGUGACCCUGGAGGAGAGUCCGGUCAGGGAGGAGUGACCUUAACAAGCAGCACCGUACCAAUCCUCUGCGUGCUCCGAUCUCAUCUGCCAGCCACAUCCUUUCUUUUCCUCCCUGCUGGACAACUCCAACUGACC